GUGAACCCCGUUUUGUUUCUAACGUUAAUGUAAGCCAUCUUGCUUCAAGACGCCGAUCGUUACUUUUUUCAUUAGUAUAUUUUAAACUUUAUUUUCAGGGAAUAUCGAGUAUAUUAAGUGUGGAAAUACAAAAGUCUACGUAAAUAAAUAAUUAUUCAGUAUGGUAGGGACAAGGGUCUAUGUCGGUGGGCUUCCAUACGGCACCAGGGAAAGAGACCUUGAGAGAUUUUUCAGAGGCUACGGUCGAUUUCGCGAUGUCCUCAUCAAGAAUGGUUAUGGCUUUGUUGAAUUUGACGACUACAGAGACGCGGAUGACGCUGUUUACGAAUUAAACGGAAAGGAACUUUUAGGCGAGAGAAUUACUGUAGAGAGGGCCCGGGGUACACCUAGGGGUAGUGACCAGUGGCGCUAUGGUGACUCCCGUGGUGGUUAUGGGGACUCGAGGCGAUCUGCUGUAAUAUUACGUUUUCAUCGCAUGAGAAGCCGAGACGAAAUGCGGCACGACAGAGAUAGUGUGAACAGAAACACGAGGACUGCAUCUAGCUACAAGCAAUCAUUGCCCAGAUAUGGACCGCCAACCCGGACCGAGUACCGCCUGACCGUGGAGAACCUGUCGAGUCGCGUUAGCUGGCAGGAUUUGAAGGAUUACAUGAGACAAGCUGGCGAAGUUACAUACGCAGAUGCACACAAGCAACGCAGAAAUGAAGGAGUAGUAGAAUUCGCUACAUACUCAGACUUGAAGAAUGCAAUUGAAAAAUUAGAUGACACGGAACUGAAUGGCCGCCGAAUUCGUUUGAUCGAAGACAAGAGACGUGGACGCCGUUCAAGAUCCUCCAGUUCCAGGUCAAGAUCACGAUCAAGGUCUCGAUCUCGCCGUCGAUCCCGCUCCCGCUCAAGGAGCCGUCGCAGCUCUAGAAGCCGUAGUCGCCGAAGCAGCCGAUCUAAAUCCAGAGCCCAUUCAAAAUCGAAAUCAAAGUCCAAAUCCAAAUCUCCGGAACGUAGCCGCUCCCGAUCAAAGUCCAAAUCAAGAGACCGCUCAAAGUCGAAAUCUAAGUCAAAGUCCAAAUCCAGAUCUCGUUCUAGGUCCAAGGCUGAGAGGUCAAAGUCCAGGUCGCAGUCCAAGUCCAAAGCGAAGUCACCAUCAAAGGAGAGAUCAAGCCGGGAACGUUCCAGGGGAGACAGAUCGAGAUCACGAUCAAUGAGCAAGCACAGUAAGAGCCGUAGCCGUUCACAUUCGCCAAUGAAUGGAGACAAAUCACCGGAUUCAAAAAUGAAGGACGAUUAAACGCGCGCGCGCAUACGAGAAAAAAAAGUGUGUGAAAGUCGUUAUAAUUCAGAUUUAAGUCCAAUUUUCCUUAUUUCCACUUUUUUUUUUUACAUAAUUGAUAACAUCCAAGAAGCCAAUUUUUGUCAACUUCUUUUUUUUUGGUUUUAAUUAAGGUUUUUUUUUGCUUUUUUAAAUUUUUACACCUUAAUUAAUAAUUGUAGAUUUAUCAUCAUGUCACCUUUAAUUGAUUUUUGAUUUCUAUACUUUAUUAUACAUUUGAAAAGAAAGAGAAAAAUUCACCCUGCACCAAAUUUGAAAAGCUUCUGACUAAUAAGUUUAUAUAUAUUGUAAUCUAAAUUUUUAAUUAGAUUAUUAUUAUUAUUAUUAUAAUUCUUGAAAAAAAACACUCGAGAGACCUGUAUGAGUCAUGCAUUUAGAUGAGAAUAGAAAAGAAAGAAAGAAAGAAAGAGUAAAAGUAAAAAAAACUGAAGGUUUUUCUUUGAAAAAAACCUUAAUUGGACUCUACACAAUUUUUGAUGUAUCGCCGUAUGUCAUAAGAAUUUCCCUUUAAUGGCUUUUUGUAUAUAUUCCAGACAAUUACAAUAAUUUAAGGGAAUAUUAAUAUGUGAUGUGUAUUAAAUUUAGCGGUAAGUCUUGAAACAAUAAAGACAACACCCUAAUAAAGAACAAGAAAAUUAAA